AUGUACCGCGUUGCUAGCUUUCUCACGGCGGCUUUUGGCGUCGUCACCAGUCACUCAGCCUGCGGCGACAUGCCGACAGUCGCCCCAACUCCAGCGCCGACUGCGAGCCCGACCCCAGCGCCAACGUGUGCGACAAACUGGGCGCCUCCGAGCCCCCGGGUCUUGCGAGACGUGCUCACGACGUCGGUGCAGCCCCCGCACACGCUACUCGCCACGGACAAGUACCAGUCAUGCGCCGGCGGUGCCACCGGCGCCGACUCCCAGAGCAUUUACAACAUGCCAAUGCACCUCGACGGCCCGAUCCUCCACUUUGCCGGCGCGCUCUCGUCGCUCGUGUCGCACAUUGCGAGUCCAGACCGCCUCUGCGUCCACGAGUUCAACGUCGAUCCAGCGUAUCCGUGCACGACUGUGCCACCGCUGACGGCUCUCGCAACGCAAGAGGCCAGCGUCUGCAUCGUCCCGACGACUGGUGGGCUCCAGUGCGGUCUCGUGACAUCAGGCGCGCUGGCGUUGCAGGCUGUGAGCGAUGGCGGUCUGACGCUGACGCAGCUCGCGCUUUCGGACGACAGUAUCGUUGGCGUCACUGCGAGCGGCAGCCUCUUUUACGCGAGCUACGCCAGGAACGACACGAGUGUUGUCGUCGGUGAGUGGUCGGCCAUUGGUGGUCCGCAGUUCACCAAGGUCGCGAUUGGCUUUUUCGACAACCGCCUCUGCGGGCUCACCCCAGCGUCGACGAUUGUGUGCAGCACGGAAGGCGUCUCGACUUGUCCGACGUGGGAGGUGCUGUCCGGCACGUGGAUCGACCUCAGUCUCGGCACGUCGUCGCCACUGCGCACUGACAUUUCUGCGCUGAGCGCCGCUGGCGCGAUCUCGACGCUCAGCUUGUACGACUUCUCGCCAAAGUAG